CUCCCACUCUCCCGAUCUAAAAAAAAUCAAAAUCUCGUUCUAUCGGAGUAGUAAGUAAUCCAAAGUCUUACUACGGGGUUUAGGAGGAGUGUGUGUUCCCGAGAGAUGUUGAAUGUCAGGUUCAUUCAUGAAUCUGCUUUCCCUCUGCUUCAAGCCGUUCGGGCGCCGCACCUCCUCCGAUAACAACAACAACUCAGAGUCCUCUGGAAGCGAAGGCAAAGACGGACUCCUCUGGUUCCGCGAUCUCCGUAGAUACAGCGGCGGAGGAGGAGAAUUCUCCAUGGCUGUGAUCCAAGCCAACCAGGUCCUCGAGGAUCAGUGCCAGAUCGAGUCUGGAAGCUUCGGGACUUUCGUCGGAGUUUACGACGGUCACGGUGGUCCCGAAGCUGCUCGUUACGUCUGCGAUCAUCUCUUCAACCACUUUCUAGAGAUAUCAGCGGAGACGCAAGGGGUUGUUACUAGAGAGACGAUACAAAAAGCGUUUCGUGCGACUGAAGAAGGGUUCGCUUCUGUUGUCUCUGAGGUUUGGAGUACGAUCCCUAAUUUAGCAACUGUUGGGACCUGCUGUCUGGUUGGUGUGAUUUAUCAGAGUACUCUUUUCGUGGCGAGUUUGGGAGAUUCGCGGGUUGUUUUAGGAAAGAAAGGGAAGUUCGGUGGUGGUGGAGUCUCUGCUGCUCAGCUGUCGAGUGAGCAUAAUGCUAACAACGAGAAUAUUCGUUGGGAGCUUAAAGAUUCGCAUCCUGAUGAUCCGCAGAUCGUUGUGUUUAAGCAUGGGGUUUGGAGAGUUAAGGGUAUCAUCCAGGUUUCGAGAUCUAUAGGAGAUAUGUACAUGAAACGGCAGGAGUUUAAUAGGGAACCUAUCAAUCAGAAGUUCAGAAUUGCAGAGCCGAUGAAGAGACCGUUGAUGUCUCCAACCCCCACCAUACUCUCUCAUCCGCUUCACCCUAAUGAUUCGUUUCUCAUUUUUGCGUCGGAUGGUCUUUGGGAACAUUUGAGCAACGAAAGAGCGGUUCAGAUUGUUCAUAACCAUCCCCGCGCUGGAAGCGCGAAGAGAUUGAUAAAAGCGGCACUUCAGGAGGCAGCGAGGAAAAGAGAGAUGAGAUAUUCGGAUCUGAAGAAGAUUGACAAGAAAGUGAGACGCCAUUUUCAUGAUGACAUCACGGUUAUAGUAGUGUUCUUGAACCAUGACCGAGGCCAAACCAACUUAACUCAAGACUCAUCGCUCUCUGUCAGGAGUGCUCUUGAACACUGAAAGCAUACUUAAAAUUACAAAAAAAAAGAAAAUUAAAAUGUUUCUUUGGUCUUCAUAAUUGGUGGAUUUAUGACUCUUGCCUAGAAGGUAAUGAAAAAAGUCAAAAACUGAGCAACAUUGAAAGACUGAAAGACACACAAAAAAACGAAAAACGACAUCGUAUUUAGUAAGAUGUUUCUCUUCGAGUCUGCAUGGUUCUCUUCUGGUUACUAAUUUUUGUGCUCGUCAUUAUCAGUUGUGCUGUUUGUCAAAACACUACAUGCCGUUUUAUUUAUAUGUAUGUUUAUGCCA